AACGAAAUUACUAAUUAAACUAAAUCUCUACUAUUUUUAUUGUCUUUGGCGCGCAGAGGCGAUGGCGUGUGGAAACCCUAAACCUUCUCUGAAGCGCUCGCACGGAGGUGGAGCUCCUCCGUGCAAAACCUCUACCUCCUCCUCCUCCUCUAUUCCUCCUCCUAGGGUUCGCUUCGACCCUCCCUCAGAGGCAAGGCAAAGGAAGAAGGUGAAAUUUGCGGAUUCAGUGGGUAAGGACGAUAUAUGCCGUAAACAUAAUACAACUUUUCUUCAGCCUGUAAGGACUCAAUCUCAAAUUGAUGGUGCAAAAACCUCAGAGUUCAAAUAUUUCAAGAAACUGUUGGAAGGAGCCAAUUAUAAAGUUUCAUCACAUGAUAGUUUUUCAAAGGCAACUAAAGAACGCGAUGAGUCACAUAAUGCAAUGAUAGACGAAUCUGGCAUAAGAAGUUUCUCAUUGCCUACUCAAAAUUGCCCACCUAUUACAGAUGGGGUCUCUGGUUCAUGCGAAGGAUCCGCAUUGACCCACACAGCACUGUGCAAGUCUGAUUCAAGCAGGUGCUUAUCGCCCAUUCUCAAAGUCACUCCACAAGCUCAGCAGUCCUCAUUUCUGCUUUUAGAAAGUGCAAGGAGCUAUGGAAGAGUGUAUGAGCAUGGAGGGGUGUUCUCAGAAAAGAGGAACAAAUUAAUGAAGUUAGCAGCCAAGACAUUGUCUCUUGAAAAGGAUGAGUUCUUACUGAGAUCAGAUAUAACUUCCGAUUUCAUGGAGAGGCUGCACAUUAAGAAAAAGUCAGACAGUCAUAAAAAGCUUUCAAUUUCUUGGCAGAAGAAAGCAUGCAGCCGACAGCAUUCACUAGCAGUUUCUUCAAAGAGUGAUCCCUUAAUGAGACUGCAUUACUUUGAAUCCACUGAUAUUGAGUCAAUGACUUCAAGGAAAAGCUCAAGAAAGGAUUUGCCUUCUAAAGAAGCCGGUGAACUCAUUGCAUUACCAUGGGAACACGAUAAGAUCUGGGCUUCUAACUCACGUGCGGUUGAACCAAGCUGCCUUCAGCAUCACAGGCGAUCCAACUGGGUAGUAGAUGAUCCCGAAACCUCAGAACUCCAUACCAAAAAUAAAACAGAAUUGUCUCAUUUACUCGUACCAUAUUCCAAUUCAACAUCGUUGGAGUUACGUGAUCUUCGUACGCCAGUAGAGAAAUUUAAUUCUCGAUUAGUUGAAUGGGACGAUAACUUGAGAGAAAAUAAUACACUGCUUAACAAUAAUUUGCCCUUGACAAUUUAUAAUGGUUCGAGAUUUCCUAAUCUUACGAGCAAGUGUGGAAAUCUUAAUGAUUACAACAGUGGAAAUGUUUUUGACUCUCCUAUCAACAGCUGUGGUGUAAUACUCCGAGAUAGAGACCAGCAGAAAAAGUAUGAGUUAUUUUCAUCUUCGGCAUAUGGUUAUGAGCUACAAAAGAAUGACAUGCCUUUUCUUGCUAUGGAAUUUUACUCACCGAUCCCUAUGAAUAUCCAAUUUUAUGAUCCAAAAUUGAGAAACAGAACUGGCAGCAUGUUUACUGCAGAUGGACAUGAUGGUUGUGCAGAUGAGAGAAGCCUAGUGUUGGUCCCAGAAAAUUCAUCUUAUGGUGUUUCUAGUUUCAACAAUUACUGGUUCUUGGAUCCAAAGUUUUCUCUGGAAGGAUUAGAAAGGAUAUCCACACUUUCUGAUUGACCAAGUUGGUAAUGGUAUCAAAGAGAGCACACUUUCUGAUUGACCAAGGUGGUAAUGGUAUCAAAGAGAGCAUGAGCUAAUCCCUUGUUCAAGUGAUAACUGAUCAUUUCUCUCAUUUCGCCAAAUCGAGGAAUUAAUCAGAUAAAUCAGGGUAUUUUUAUUAGAAAAUCUUUUAUUUUCUCGUGAUACGUCAAGCAAGUUAUCUGCCGGAUUUUAGAAGCAUAAGCUGACAACCUCAUUAUCAAGAGGUGUUCUGGGCAUAAGCUGAUGCUGCUGCAUUUUGAUCUCUGUUAGCUUAUUAUCUUGUACUAUCACUGAAGUUUGCAACCCGUUUAAUUUGACUUGCAAUAGUGCUAAUAUGGUUAAUAAACCCCUCACAUGUACAAAAAACAUUGGUGACUUCCUGCCACCACGAAGCAAUGUGAUUAGAUACACAUUUACAUCCUUCACUUGUAGUUAGUUAGGGCAAAAAGCGAUUUGUUGGCGGUUCAUAAAUUUAUAUUUCGCAGUUAGUGUUUUUUGUCGGAUAGAAGAAAGAGUCGUGAUUGUAAGAAAAUCAUGAUGAUACCAUGAGACACAAACUGGCCCUGUUAUGUUAAUUUGCAUCAUACUUGGCUGUCACUUCAGUUUUUAA